AUGGCGUCGUCUGGAGGCAUCUGGGCGCCUGUAGCUGUGAGAAUGCUAAAGAACGUAGUUCAACGAACUACGAAACUUAUUAAAUUACGCAUCAAAGAUGUUACGAGCAAGCCUGUCACCGCAGAACUUCAACCAAUUUUUGUGAGAAGUACACCUCGCCAUCCUAUCCAUCCGGCGGCUCUCCUCCGUCAAAAUAAGGGACGAUGGUAUACUACCCAAAGUGCUGUUAAUGCUGCUGUCCGUCGUUUUAUGAGCACGAGUGGACAAGCUAUUAAGCAUGAUCGUGCUUCGUUCCCAAAAUCAAACACCUCAGCCGCUGUGUCUCGUCUCACAAGCCGAGCUCCAUUUGCCUCAACUCUCCGACCAAACUUGAGUGGUGGAGCACUCCCCAGAACAGCAGGAGGCUAUAGCUUAGGAGGUGGAAGAGCAGGUGCUCGAUACUUCUCACAUACACCUGCUGCUCCGGCACAAGUGGUUAACAAUGUUUCACAAGCUGUCCGAGCAUUCUUCCUUUCUGGACAAAAGGCUCAAUUCGAUGGUAUGACUCCCAUGGGCGAGAAGCGCUACAGAGCUGUUUCUUCUCUCCAGGAGGAAACCACUCGCAAGAUUCAAUCCGUUUCCAAAUUCAACCCAGGCUCAUACAUCGAUUUCGCUGUUAACCCCACCGUCACCGCUUUGUCUCCUCUCGCUGGAGCACUCCCAUUCGGUGCUCAAAAGUUGUCUCAAGCCGCCCCAUCUCUCAACACCUCCGGUUUCCUCGAUAUUCUGUCCGUUGACUUCUCACGCGCUCUCAAAGACCUCGCAGUAACAAUGAACGAUCUCAAGAAACUAUCUUCGCUUGGCGAUCUCCCCAUCACUCUCGAGAACAAUCACAUCCUACGUGUCCGAUUCCCGGGCUGCGAUGCCGAGUCUGUAGAGCGUCUCUGCGAUGAAGUCGGCGUGCAGCGAGGAAUCGUAUAUCAAGAUGCCGGAUUUGACGCCGCUGUAGGAACGCAAAUGGCUCUCCAAUUCCCUUUCGCUCCUACUGCCGAAUCAGAACCACACUCAGAUCUGUUAUCUCCUUGUCUACAAACUACCUUGUCCUCUCCUGACCAAGAUGAAUAUGAUAAUAUUCUCGAAGAAUUUUCGGAAAAUCCUUGGGUCGAAGGUUACGAAACAAUGGACGAAGAUAUCAGCGAAAGUGGCUCUGCCUAUUUUACAAAGGUCAGCGAACAUCCAUCUGAAUCAGAUGAAUAUGAGGGCCUAGAGGGAAUAUAUAAGUUCCUUGAAGAGUGUGAUGCAAGAAGGCCAUAA